CUCUCGGUCUCUACCCCCUCUAAUUCUUCCUCACUUUCUCUCCUCUCUCAUUUUUGAAAGAAAAAAAAGUUCCUAACUCAAUUACCAAACACCUCCCGAAAACUCAAAUCCAUAAUUUAGAUUCCAAUUCCAUCGAUCCAGAUUCAUCUUGAUGUAUAUAUUCAUACAUGUAUGAUUCAAAAGCAUGCAGCAUUUUGGUUCUCGAAGAACGGAUAUACGUCUUUGUUAUAUCUAGUCCCGGACCCUUAAACGUUGUAUUGCGUGAAAAGGAGAUAAAGAACCUGAUGUAAAUUGCAAUCGUGUCUGUAUAUACGUGUGUAUAUAAAUUAUAAAAUUGAAAUAAAAUCGAUUGACAAGAUGACGCAAGAGGUGGUAGAUGACAUGAAUACCGAAAACGCCGGUAGCAAGCAAAGGAUGGUAGCCGAGGAGGUGCUUAAACAUGAGAAUCCAGAGAUCGUGGCUGAGGUCUAUAAUUUCCGGGACCUCGCUCAUGCAACUGAAAACUUCAAUCCCGAUCUACUUGUGGGCAAAGGUGGAUUUGGGAGGGUCUACAAGGGUCAUCUCGAAGGCAAAGACCAAGAUGUGGCUGUGAAACAACUGGACAUGAUUGGAGUACAAGGGAAUAGUGAAUUUUUAGCGGAGGUUCUAACAUUGAGUCGUGUUCGCCACCCGAACCUAGUCAAUCUCAUUGGAUAUUGUGCAAAUGGGCAUCAAAGGUUGUUGGUCUAUGAAUACAUGACCAACGGUUCACUUGAAGAACACAUUUUCGAUUUGGAUGACAACAAAACGCCCUUUGAUUGGCAUACGAGGAUGAUGUUGGCUAAAGGAGUAGCAAAAGGGCUCGAGUACUUACACAAUGAUGCGGACCCUCCGAUCAUUUAUAGAGAUCUAAAAUCUUCGAAUAUAUUACUUGAUGAUGAUAUGAAUCCUAAACUCUCGGACUUUGGGCUUGCUAAGUUUGGCCCAAAAGAAGGAGAGGAUCAUAUCUCCACGAGAGUGAUGGGGACUUACGGGCAUUCGUCCCCUGAGUAUGCAAUGACAGGAGAAUUAACGACUAAAUCAGAUGUUUAUAGCUUUGGGGUUGUGUUUCUAGAGUUAAUCUCGGGUAGAAAAGUCAUUGAUCACCGAAGACCAUCCGAAGAGAAAAACCUAAUUACAUGGGCACAACCAUUGUUUAAGGACCAGAGUAAGCACCCGAUGGUGGCUGACCCAUUGCUAAACGGGGAUUACCCGAUAAAGUGUUUGCAUCAAGCCAUAGCGAUUGCAGCAAUGUGUCUACAAGAAGAACCAAACACAAGGCCAUACAUGAGUGAUGUUGUUGUGGCUCUUGACUACCUAGCCAUGGUUCAAGAUGAUCACAAACCAAAUGGCGAUUAAAAUGUUGUUUGAAAUCAUUGUACACCUUUUACUUUCAUAAAAUAUAUGUCACUAUAACAUUAUUUAGCUCAAAAAAAAAAUGAAUUUACUUUCGUGUUUCCUUUUAUGCAAAUCAAACAUAUAAAACAAGAUGCC